UUAACUACGCACCAGCGAUAGGAUAUAUUAUCUUCCCCAACCCCCACCAGCGAUUACGCUGCACACAUUUCGGCUCUGGUGAUGUUUAUUUUACGGAUAUUACCGAACUAUUAAAUGGUCCGUGUAUGAAGGAAUAUUUGUAUUGUUAAAACAUGGAUGGAAAUGACGGAGAGGACUUUGAGCUGUCGCCCAUAUGGACGGGGGGACAGUACAUGACAUCCAAAUUCUGGAUUGUUACAGACCAGGAGGACGAUGUGAUGAACACUGUUAUGAACCACCGCUCCAGUGCCUCUUCAAAUGAGGUGAUUAGAAUGCGAACAAGCCGAGCCGGCGCCUCCAACGACACUCCACCACCUAGUCCCGCCAUCGCCGCCGACGACAGAAAUUCCCGAGCGUGCUGUUUUUGUUGGUGCUGUUGUUGUACUUGUUCAUGGUAGAAACUAUACAGUACUAGUAUUAGUCGUAAUAUAGUUCAAACUCAUUAAUGAAUUAUAGUACGGCACUUGUUUUUAGAAACACGGCAGUACGGUACCUGUUUUUAGAAACACGGCAGUACGGCACCUGUUUUUAGAAACACGGCAGUACGGCACCUGUUUCUAGAAACAUGGCGCGUAAUUUGAAUAUUGCGCGAUUUCGUUCAACUUCAUUGAUUAAACUUUUUUGUCAAUUUUUUUUUUUAAACUCGUAAAUUAAUUUAUUCAGAAAAAAUAGUUUUUAACCUAAUGUUUCAUAUUCUAUCACAUGUGAUAUCAAAUUUCGUAGUAAGAACUUGGAAUAGAUAGUACUUGUCGUGUUUCUGAAAAAGUGUUCCAAUGUAGGAAAAUAAUGUUUUGAAUGAAUACUUGCAAGUUAUAUGCUAGAACAAACCGUAUUAAAUAUAAUUAAAUUGUCAACGUUAUUAAACGUGUUUGCUAUAUAUCCGACUGCUUUGUCUUUAACAUUUAGUGUUUUCUUUAUGAUAGUUUUCCUGCAAAUAUUCAUUCAAAAAACUCACUGUUCUUAAAGAAAGCUCUGUUUAAGGUAUUUGACCCUCGAUUGAUGUGUAGAGUAGGAUUACUUUAAGUCAAACCAACUAUAAUAUUACAAUUUCGUUUAACAAGUUUUAACAGCACAAAACACCAAAAUGACAACCAAUAUACGACCAGAUAUGUACAAAUGUUUCAUGUCAAGUACUGAAGAUACCACUCACUACUCAAGUAUAUCAGGCAAUCUCAUAAAUCGUCAAUGUUUACCUCGUUGAUAAUCGCCACUCUUCGGUAAUUUUCGUUAAACGUCAAAUGUAAACAUAAACUUGAUGGGUCUCUCGGACAUUCUUCCAGCCGGACACGAUCGAUGUUCACAAAUUCCUUUUCCCAGAAGCUGUACAUUGCGACAAAAGUAAAUCCAAGAUGAGACACAUAUAGAUUAGUCUAUGUAGGCACAUGCUUACUAAACUCCAUCCUCUAUUUUACUGCGAAUG